ACCGCCAGGCGCCAAAUUCAAACAGGGAAACGAUCGGUACUGGGGGCGGAUGGGGAGGACGGCGACCGCGACCGGAAGUCCUGAAGCUAACUUUUCCUUGUGCGUCUCCUGCUCUGCUGGGGAGGGGGACUUGUUCCUCUCAUUUUCAAUGGAGAGUAACUGUUCAGAUAAAUAAUGAGGACCAGCCCUCGCAGGCCCUUAAUUCUCAAAAGAAGGAAACUGACCCUUCUACAGAAGGAGGUAUCCAGUACUUCAGGUAGAGAUGAGAACAGUGGUCAUGAUGAAAAGACACCUACGCAGGAGCACAGCCAGGAGGACCAAAAGGACAGCCAAUGCAGAGACAAAAUAGACUGUGGCCUGCAGAAAUUUCCAGCGGGAAUAAAGAUAAUGAACCAUCCUACCAUGCCCAACACGCAAGUGGUGGCCAUCCCUACAAAUGCAGAUAUCCAAAGCAUCAUAGAGGCCCUGACAGCAAAAGGAAAAGAGUGUGGCAACAAUGGGCCCAAUAAGUUCAUUCUCAUUAGCAGUGGGGGAACUUCUCGUUCAGCAGGUUUGAUACUAUCACAGCACCUUCCCUCAGUGGAGAAACCUGGCGCAGUGGCUAGGUCUUCGAAUAGUCAAGUAAGAGAGAAGAAUAUUUCACAGACACCUGAAAUUGCAGGUGGAUCAAUGGACUGGCAUUCAGGAAUUGAUUCUUCAUUUGCACAGAAAACGGAGAACAGCAGUGGUGAGACAAUGAGCUCUGUGCUGGAUAAUAGUCUUACUAACAUCCAGUGGCUGGGGAAGAUGAGAACUGAUGGACUAACUCCCUGUUCUGUGAAGCAAGGCACGGAGAAAGAGAACCAGAUGCCUCUACGGGGAAGAAUCAAGACUGAGAAUUCUGCAGCUGUUGCCAUUCCCUCCUCCUCAUGGCAGGAUUCAGUAUCAGAACGACCUCCGUACUCCUACAUGGCCAUGAUCCAGUUUGCCAUCAACAGCACUGAGAGGAAGCGUAUGACUCUGAAAGACAUCUAUACCUGGAUUGAGGAUCAUUUCCCAUAUUUUAAGCAUGUGGCUAAGCCAGGUUGGAAGAAUUCUAUUCGGCAUAACCUGUCCCUCCAUGAUAUGUUUGUCCGUGAGACAUCUGCUAAUGGUAAAAUCUCAUUCUGGACUAUUCACCCUGAUGCCAACCGUUGCCUAACAUUGGACCAAGUGUUUAAGCCGCUGGACUUGGGGUCAACAUCGUCUGAGCACUCUGAAUCACAGCAAAAGCAACAUGUUUCAGAUCCCCAGAAGAACAUGGGAAGCAACAAUAGCAGCAAAACUGAAUCCCAAAACGCACGACGAAAGAUGAAGCCUUUGCUUCCUCGCAUCAACUCCUACCUUGUUCCGAUCCAGUUUCCAAUGAGUCAGCCUCUCGUCUUGCAGCCUUCUUUGAAGGUUCCUCUAUCUACGGUACAGGGAGCAUCCCACAACAGCUCAGACACCUUCCGGAGCAAUAAACGUGUGCGCAUUGCUCCAAAGAUGUCGCUCUCUGUUGAAGAGUCAUCCUCUUUACCCAUAGCUGCGGCAAAGGAGGAGAGCCAAUUUGAUGAAGGAUUUUUUUCCCCAACACAUUGUCUGAAGGAGAACAACUGUCAGCUUGGUGAGGAAUCAUCUUCUUUCCCUGAGGCACUCUGCAUUAAGGAAGAGGAAAGCUCACAGCUGGGGGACUGGCUGUCCCCUUUUGCUUCAACCAUAACUGUAAAGGAAGAGCCAGAAUUGUUUGUCCCAGCCUCAGCCAUGACAGAGAAGAAAUGUUUCACUAUACUGAAGUCACCAUCUAAGGGUGUUUCUGACACAUUAGUUAUAAAGAGAUGUGAGAGGCGGGAAAUGAGCAGAUCCAGAAGGAAACAACACCUAGCACUGCCUUGCUCGGAAGAGCCUGUCGUCAUCUUUCCAGAGAGCAAUGAAUUUGAUCCUUUCCAGUUAGGGGCAGACCUCCCCUUACUGCAGGAAAACCAGCCUCUAGAGAAUGUAUCACAGCUGAGAUGCCUGCAGGAGGAAGAGGGGCCUUUUAAAACACCAGUCAAAGAGAUGUUCAACAAGUUGCCAGUUUCUUCCACUCCCUGCAAAGCAGCGACUACUACCCCCCCACUAGGGGGCCUUGAUCCCUGGAAGUCUGCAUCCUCAGCCAAGAGAGGUAAUGAGCUGGAUUUCAGUCCAGUGAGAACCAUUCAGCUGCCGAUCACAGCCUUCCAGGAGAACCAAGACUUGCUGGCUUUUAACAGCACGCCCCUUAAAAAUCCUCUCCCCGAAUCCUCUUGGGAACUGCUCAAUACAGUAUCCAACGACACAGCGCACGGCCCCCUCACGAGCUCUCCAUCUGUUAUUCACAAAUCUAGUAAGCAGUUGCCCCUUGAACUACCAGCCUCUAGUUUUACUGAAAACCGAUCGCUCAUGGAGGGCCUGAUUUUGGACACCAUGAAUGACAGUUUGAGCAAAAUCCUUUUAGAUAUCAGCUUUCCCGGUCUUGAGGAUGAAAACUUAGGAACAGACAUUAGUUGGUCUCAGCUUAUACCUGAACUGAAGUAAACUGUCCGGAAGACUGAAUUUGGCUUAUUUGGAUUUUACAGAAAGCACUCCUGAGAUCUAUUAACGUAAUGAAAAGCAGACAGUCUUUUUAGACAAUUCCUUCAUUUGUGGGAGUACUGACUCCUGCUAAGCUGGGAAAUGGGCCGGUUGGCUGCUAUGAGCUGCCUGUUUGAGCUGCAAUGGACUAUUUAUGUGCGUCAAGAUAGAACCUCUCUAAUCUGGUGCUAGAGUGGAGUCCCUGGAGAGGGGUUAGCAUCUAGAUAGGCCCUGGACAGCCCUGGCUAAUCGAGGUAUGAGAGGAAACGGGUACACUCCUCAAUUAUGUCCAGUAGGAAAGGCUCUGAGCACUUCCUCCUUCUCUGUCCUUACUUAAUUUUACUUUGUUCCCAUCUUAUUAGCAUCUUCUGUGUAGGUUUAAUGGCUUUAAGCCCUGUACAUGCCUUAAAUUACUAGCUCUUUAUUACAAUGGUAACUUUAUUCUUGUAGCAUUGUUAGGGGAAUAUUUGAGUUGGCAAAUGAUUUAGCUUAGCUUUGUCCAUAUGUUCCACCUGCCCUGUAUUCCUCUAGAUGAGAGCCCAAACUACCAUUUUCUUUUAAUCCAAAAACACAUUGGCCUUGAAAGUAGCCAAGGCAGAAAUCUGAAGAAUCAUCUAUAUGUGACUGAGUGCCUACCCAAGCUAAACAGAAAAAAAAUGGUUAACUGAAUUGCAGCAUGAAAUCUUAGUUCAUUUUUCCUUCUCAGCUCUCCUUCCCUUCCCAGGCUGGAAUGGAGAAGAGCUGUAACUCUUUGGGUUCCAUAGUCCUAUUAAUCACAGAAUCACAGAAUUGUAGGGGUUGGAAGGGACCUCCAGAGAUCAUCGAGUCCAACCCCCCUGCCAAAGCAGGUUCCCUACACCAGGUCGCACAGGUGGGCAUCCAGGCAGGUCUUGAACAUCUCCAGAGAAGGAGACUCCACCACCUCCCUGGGCAGCCUGUUCCAGUGCUCCAUCACCUCACUGUAAAGAAGUUCUUGUGCACAUUUGUGCAGAACUUCCUGUGCUGCAGUUUCUGUCCGUUUCCCCUUGUCCUGCCUCCACUCACCACUGAAAAGAGUCCGGCCUCACCAUUCUGCCCCCCACACCUUAGAUAUUUAUAGACCUGGAUCAGGUCCCCUCUCAGUCUUCUUUUGUCGAGGCUGAACAGACCCAGUUCACUCAGCCUUUCUUCAUAGGGGAGAUGCUCCAGGCCCUUCACCAUCUUUAUGGCCCUCCGCUGGACUCUUUCCAAGAGAUCCCUGUCUUUUUUGUACUGAGGAGCCCAGAACUGGACGCAGUACUCCAGAUGAGGCCUCACCAGGGCAGACUAGAGGGGGAGGAUCACCUCCCUCGACCUGCUGGCCACGCUCUUUUUAAUGCAUCCCAGGAUGCCAUUGGCCCUCUUGGCCACAAGGGCACACUGCUGGCUCAUCGCCAACCUGUCAUCCACCAGGACACCCAGGUCCCUCUCCGCAGAGCUCCUCUCCAGCAGGUCAUCCCCCAACCUGUACUGGUGCAUGCAAUUAUUCCUCCCCAGAUGCAAGACUCUACACUUGCUUUUGUUAAACCUCAUCCGGUUUUUUUUUGCCCAGCUCAUAAUAUGUACGUAGACGGCUUAGUGGACUCACAGUUGCAAUAAGAUGGAUUUCUACGGAGUGGUUAAAGCAGCUUUCAUUUCAGACAUCAGCUGAAAACGUGAAACAGAACUUGUAAAGUGAAUACUGGUAUUUUCACUGGCAAUUGACCUCUGGGAAUGAAAGGUAUGUUUCUCCCAUUGCAAUAGAGCUACUUUUCCCACUUCUUUAGACCUCAUGUCAAGAGAGGAAAUGGCCAUGGAAAGAGCUAAUCCUUCUGCUUCCAGACAAAUGAUGAGUCAUGCAUCUACAUACUCAAUAAAGUUUUUG